UCGAAAUAAACCCACGUAUAACUUUUUAUAUUGUUUUUUUUUUGUUUAGUUUUUCGCGUUUAAAUUCAAAAGCUUGCGACGAAUACAAAUGGCUCAACCAGUUUCCAGCAGUGUAGGACGUGAUACAGGAUACUCGGAAAGCGGAAUCGUUUAAACUGAGCCACAACUUCAAACAAAUCAACGGCGGAACAAGUUGUAACCGAGAUAAAGGAAUCCGGCUUAGCCCUGCUCCUAUCAAGGUUCAAGUCAAGAUGUCUGUCAGCAACCACGAAAACAGAAAGUCUCGCUCUAGUUCUGGCUCCAUGAAUAUCCAACUCUUCCACAAGACGUCCCACGCCGACAGCCUGUUGACUCAACUCAACCUGCUGCGCAAGCGAAAAGUCUUCACGGAUGUUAUCCUGAAGGCCGGAAACCGAUCCUUCCCCUGUCACCGAGCUGUCCUGGCCUCCUGUAGCCGAUACUUUGAGGCCAUGUUCGGUGGCGGGCUCAGGGAGAGUCGUGACGCUGAAGUCAACUUCCACGACUCUCUCCACCCGGAGGUUCUGGAGCUCUUGCUUGAUUACGCCUACUCGGCCCGAAUCAUAAUCAACGAGGAAAACGCAGAGUCUCUCCUAGAAGCCGGAGACAUGCUUCAGUUCCACGACAUCAGGGACGCAGCGGCAGAGUUUCUAGAGAAGAACCUCCACCAGUCGAACUGUCUGGGGAUGAUGCUGCUGUCAGACGCCCAUCAGUGUCAGAGACUGUACGAGCUGUCGUGGAGGAUGUGCCUGGCAAACUUUGCUACUCUCUUCAAGACAGAGGACUUCCUCAGCCUGCCCAGAGAUAAAGUCAAGGAGCUAAUUCUCAGUGAGGAGCUGGAGGUGGAGGAUGAGAGCCUUGUGUACGAGGCUGUUAUCGACUGGGUUAAGGCAGACAUGGAGCAGAGGCACAGUGAGCUGCCUGAGCUGCUGCGCUGUGUCCGCCUGGCGCUGCUCCCCGAAACGUAUCUACUGAAGAACGUCGCCUCAGAAGAGCUGGUGAUGUGCCAUAAGGAAGGCAGGGAAAUUGUUGAAGAUGCCGUACGGUGUAAGAUGAGGAUCCUCCAGAACGACGGUAUUGUAACAGGCUUCUGUGCGCGGCCGAGAAAGGUCAGCCAGGCCCUGCUGCUGCUGGGAGGACAGACUUUCAUGUGUGAUAAAGUCUACGUCAUCGACAACAAGACCAAGGAGAUCACCCCCAAAACAGACAUCCCCAGCCCCAGGAAAGAAUGCAGUGCUUGUGCUAUUGGUUGCAAGGUUUAUGUUACCGGAGGGCGCGGUUCUGAGAACGGUGCCUCCAAAGAUGUCUGGGUCUACGACACGUUACAUGAUGAGUGGUCCAAAGCAGCCCCCAUGUUGGUAGCCAGAUUUGGACAUGGUUCUGCGGAGCUCGACCACAUGCUGUAUGUUGUGGGAGGACACACUUCUCUUGCGGGAUCCUUCCCCGCCUCUCCAUCUGUGUCUCUCAAACAGGUGGAACAGUACGACCCUCAGACCAAUAAAUGGACGCUGGUGGCUCCGCUCAGAGAAGGGGUGAGCAACGCUGCCGUUGUUGGUGCCAAAAACAAACUCUUUGCCUUUGGAGGCACCAGUGUCAACAGAGACAAGUAUCCCAAGGUGCAGUGCUUUGACCCUUGCCAGAACCGGUGGUCUGUACCAGCCGCCUGUCCACAGCUGUGGCGAUACACGGCUGCAGCUGUAGUUGGCAACCAUGUCGUAGUGAUCGGCGGCGAUACUGAAUUCUCAGCCAGCUCUGCUUACCGGUUCAACAGCGAGACAUACCAGUGGUCCAAGUUUGGUGACGUGACAGCCAAACGGAUCAGCUGCCACGCAGUGGCGUCAGGAAACAGACUAUAUGUGGUCGGGGGAUACUUUGGAGCUCAGAGGUGUAAGACACUAGACUGUUACGAUCCAUCAUCCGACUCUUGGGACAGCGUGACCAGCGUGCCCUACUCACUCAUUCCCACCGCCUUCGUCAGCACAUGGAAGUACCUCUCAGCAUAGAGGGACGCACUGUCUGAGGUUUCUACGAUCAGCCAUGGUGUCUGGUAUUCAGUCUCCCUUCGCUGGCUGCAGAGAGGAGG